AUGGAAUCAGAACAUAAUGUAAAUGCAAGCAAUCUAGAAAAUAACAAUACAAAAUCGACCGAUGAACAAAACAUGACAGCAAUAUCACAUUUUUCAAGAAAAUCGUCGCCGUUGCGAAGUUCGCUAAUGAAACGCGAAAAUCGAAAUCGUUCAUCGCAAACCAAAUUUGUUAGUUUCAGUACGCAAAAACAUGAAAAGAAAAUAUGCAAUGUAGCUAUUGAAAGUAUCAAAGAAGUACGCAUUGGAAGAAAUACCGAAUUGCAUCGCGCAACAGAAACUUAUGCUAAUGACAUGCAGGAACAAUGUGCAUUCUCGAUAAUUCAUGGUGAUCAGUACGAAUGCCUAGAUUUAAUAGCUAAAACACCAGAAAUUGCUAAAAUUUGGAUCACCGGAUUGAUGUCACUUAUUUCCAAUCAUGUUGGCAUUUGCGAAUCAGAACCAUCAGGUUCGCGACCUCUUGCAACUAUUCGUGAAAGGUGGUUGGGAUCAGUAUUUGAUGAAGCAGAUAUCAAAAAAUGUGGUUGUUUAUCAGAAAAAGAAACGGUAGAACUAGUUAAACGACUUAAUCCACGAACAUUACUUUGUCGAGUUGAACAUGAAGUUAAGGAAGCAAGUGUAUUAAAUCCAGAUGAAUCGCAACGCGGAAAAAUUACUCGUUCGCAGUUUGUUGAAAUUUAUAAGGCUGUUGCAACAAGAUCCGAAAUAUAUUUCUUGAUGGUUCAAUAUGCUAAUAAAGAUUAUUUAAGUUGUAAGGAUCUUCAAGUAUUCCUAGAAACAGAACAAGGACUCUUAGGCAUAACAAUGAAAAUUUGUCAAUCAAUUAUUGAACAAUAUGAGCCAAGUAAAGAAGCACGUGAACUUAAUCAUAUGACUAUUGAUGGUUUUACAAAUUAUCUUCACGGUGAUGAAAAUUUCUUAUUUGAUAACACUCAUCGAAUUGUAUGCCAAAAAAUGAAUCAACCAUUUAGCAAUUAUUUCAUUGCAACGUCAUUUAAUACAUCAUUAACUGAUGAUCAAUUAAAAGAACCAUUAAAUUGUAAAGGUUAUAUUGAAGCACUUCGUCGUAAUUGUCGAUUCAUUGAAGUAGAUGUUUGGGAACCAAUAGCAGGAACUGAUGAAAAAGAACCGAUGGUUCAUAAUCGUCGUAGUACCUCCAAGUUAACCAUAUCAACUGUCCUGAAGGUUAUCAAUGAAAUGGCUUUUCAAAGGACUAGGUAUCCAUUAUUUGUACGACUAGAAAUACAUUUAAAUGUUGAAUGGCAAAUGAUACUUGUCGAUAUGUUUCAUGAUACAUUUGGAGACAAAUUAUAUCAACCAAAUAAUGAUCCAAUUGAUUGGACAGAACGACGACCAACACCAAAAGAUUUCCAAAUGAAAAUUAUUCUCAUCGGUGAACGACUUGAGGGAGUCGAGAGUGAUAUUGGUGAAGUGACAUUAGAAAAUGAGAAUUUUGAGGUGCAAUCCGGUGAAAUGAUUGAUUCUGCGUCGAAAAGUCCUAAACGAAUGCUUUUUUGUCGUAAAUUAUCAGAUUUAAUGUGUCCAUGGGCAAUCCCAGCUGUAUUCAGAGAAACUCCACUCAAUACAUCUGAUAUGCCAAAUAAAAAUUGUCAUCUUUUAUUAUCAUCUGAACAUAACUGUCAUAAAAUGAUACAAAAUUUUCCAUCAGAAUUAGCUCGAACUGCCAAAGACCAUCUGAUGCUUUUAACACCAAAUGCAUCGCGCAUUGAUUCAUCAAAUAUGAACCCACAAGAAUUCUGGAAUUAUGGUAUUCAAAUGGUAUCAUUAAAUUAUCAAACAUUGGGACUUAUGAUGGACUUACAGCAAGGGAAAUUCUCGGAAAACGGUGGAUGCGGUUAUGUUCUUAAACCAUCGAUAAUGCGUGAAGAAGUGUAUACACCUGGAGAUAUUAUGCCGAUUCCACCACAGAUUUUAUAUUUACGAAUUUUAUCUGGUCAACAUCUUCCUCGACCCCGCGGAUCGACAGCAAAAGGUAAUUCAACUGAUCCUUAUGUGGUAGUAGAAAUUUUUGGUUGCCCUACUGAUUGCACCGAAGAAAGGACGAGAACUGUGAAGAAUGAUGGUGCUAAUCCAGCAUUUGAUGAAUCAUUCCAAUUUGAAAUUACUGUACCCGAAAUGGCAUUAGUCAGAUUUCUCGUACUCGAUGAUGACUUCAUUGAUGAUGAUUUCAUUGGACAAUACACCAUACCUUUUGAAUGUUUGAAAAAUGGCUAUCGUCAUGUACCGUUAUUGAAUAACGAAGGCGAAGUAUUGGAAAAUUGCACACUUUUCGUGCAUGUCGCGGUGACAAAUCGAUAUGGUGGAGGGAAAGCACGAAAGCGCGGAAUGUCAGUGAAGCGCAAAAGUACACGGAUUGUUACGGGCGUGAAAUCGAUUGGCAUCAAAUCGGUGGAUGAAUAUUUCAAGCAAGCGAUUGCACCAUUAGCUGUAUCAAUUGAAAUGCGUAACAUACUCGAAUCUUCAUUGGUUAAGUGGCGAAACGAUUGUGGUGUUGGACCGGCUGGUACUAUACGACAAGGUUUACGACUUAUGUUAACGAGGACGAAAACUGCUGCAAUGAAUGUAUCACCUCCACAUUCACCGCACAGAUCUGAUGAUCCGACCGAAUUUGUGGAGUAUGCGCCAAGUUUUGCAAUUUGCAGCGAUGAGAAAACUUAUCCGAUAAUCGUAACACGAGGUAUAUUUCCUGCAGAGCUGCAGAAAACAUUCGAUUCAAUGUCUGAACUUUUGGAUAUUUGUGCAAAAAUACUAGUUAAUACUGAUCCAUUGUUGACAAAGUUAGAAACGGCAACGAAACGUAUCACCGAAUGUAACACUGAAUUAUCACAACUAUGCGUAAAUGCCGGAUUACACGGCGCAAAAGCUAAUCGAGCAGUGGAAAAUUUUGCAUGGAAUGUUCGACUUUUAAAAACACAUCUAACAUUGAUGAAUAAAACACAAACUGAAGCUAAUAAUAUUGUCAAACAAGUAUUUGAUGUUGGCUGUACACUGGGAAUACUAUCCGAAAAAUCCACCACUGAAAUAUGUAAAAAUCGUUUUUCACAUUCUCCUACCUCGAGCCUUUCUAAUACCGGAAAUGCAGAACCGGAAAUGCAAGUGAUGAAAGGUAAACAAUGGGAAGAAUGUUUUGGUGAGAUACUUUUCCCUCUGCUACAAAAGUUGCUCGAAAAUUUAUCACCAAUGGAUCCGAUUGGAAUGGAGGAGACAAGAGUACGAGUUAUGCAACUUAUCUCAAAAAUUCUGCUCAAUCAUUUAACGCCUUUGAGUUUGUUGCCAUCAUUCCGAUCGUUAUGGUUACGUUUGCUAGAUUAUAUGAAUCAGUAUCUUCAUGCGGAUCGUAGUGAACUUUUAUCAGAAUCAAUCCCGGAAUCGUUAAAGAAUAUGAUUCUCGUCAUGGACAAUACUGAUUAUCGUUACGAUCCUUCCGGAGUGACUAAAGUGAAUGAUGAGACGCAGUUUGCUACGUCAUCAAUGGAACUAUAUCGAGUAGCGCCACCUCAUUUAUUGUAUGCUCAACAACAAUUACAACAGCCUCCAAUUAUGGACUCACAGUCAUCACAAGUCUCGUAUCAGUUAACUUCGAAUCCAGUGCCAAUGAUGAUGUCAAUUGGUGAACCUUUGUUUCCAUCACCAAACAGUGCAUUUUCACCUCCAGUAUCUUAUGCUGAGUCAGCACUGAAGGAAGAACAAAAUAUGGUGGUGACAUCCAAAAUGGCAUAG